ACAACUUGACGGUAUGAGCAAAGCUAACGACGUACGUGUUAUACUUUAAAGAUGAAGCCGCCAAUUUUUAAACAUCGCAUUAUGGAGUUGGGUUGGUGAAACUGACGGGUUUAGGGGAACCCAUCUUGUCGCGCUCUCUCCCUCUUCGACAGCGGCGCUCCGUUGUCCCGGGUAACGGCUGCAAUGUUAUCCUUGGGCCCGAGGCUCAAAACGGGACGUUUCGGUAAAAAGAGCCCGAAAGGGAACCGGCGCUGCCGUGAGAUUAUGUUGCUGAUUUGGUGAGAAGAGAUGAGUUGACCUUAGUCACAAACUCUAAGCUGGAGCUGUAAACUGAAAGUUAUGCCUGUCUUUUUGAGGCAUUUCACUACACCGGCCAUGCAAUUAUCCUGCAGAUUGGUUUCAAGUUAUGUCAGUCGGAUGCGCUACUUGCUUGAACUGAAGGAGGAUGAUGAAGCCUGCCGGAAAGCGCUGAGCUCUGGAGUAUUUCUUCUCUUUCACAGUUUCUCACCGCUAUUGCAAAGGAGUGAGAGCAAGUAUAUGGCACCGUUUGUGAUGGCCUCAGAACUGAAUGGUAUUCUCCACUUACUGGAUCAGAAGGAGAAGUAUAAGGAACAGUCGGUGCUGAUUGGCUGUACAGAGAGUCGUGUGCCACAAUUUGCCCUGGAUCUAGGUAAAAUUGAAAAAGCCAGAACCGAAUCGGUUCUGAAGGGAACAUUUGUUGAUUUACGGAAAGCCUUCUUCCUCUUGGAUGGAAAGGAUGCACCUUUACUGUCAAAGGCACAGGGUCUUCUCCGCUGGCACAGCACACAUCUCUAUUGCAGUAGAACUGGACGUCAGACACACAAGAAUGUGUCAGGCAGUAAACGUAUCUGUAGCUCCGAAGAAAUAACCUACUACCCACAGGUGUCUCCUGUAAUUAUUGUGCUGGUGUCUGAUGGAGCACACUGCCUGCUGGCACGGCAGAAGUUAUUUCCCCCUGGAAUGUACAGUGCCCUGGCUGGAUUCUGUGACAUUGGGGAGACUGUGGAGGACUCGGUGCAACGGGAGGUUGCCGAAGAAGUUGGUUUGAAUGUAUCCUCCCUAGAGUAUUCUGCAUCUCAGCACUGGCCCUUUCCCAACAGCUCACUGAUGAUUGCUUGCCAUGCAAUGGUGCAACCAGGGCAGAACGAGAUUGACCUGAACCACUCGGAGCUUGAGGAUGCUCGCUGGUUUGAUGCUAAGAAGCUAACGGAAGCUUUAAAACGUAAGCGGAUGCCCACCAAGAAAGAAAUGGGAGAUGUUCCAUUUUGGAUCCCACCACCAUGGGCUGUAGCACAUCAACUAAUCAAGGAAUGGACCGAAAGUCAGCAGGCAUCCUGAAAUUUUUCAAUUGGUGUAUUUGUCAGAUUGUUUGCUGCAUAGAAACUAUUUCUUUCUCAUUUGAUUUAUGUGCUUGGUCAGGUAUUAAUGAAGCAGCUGUAAAACCCAACAAAUGUUUAUUGUAUCAGACUUUUCUUCUAUAACAUUUAUAAACCGGAGUAGGUGUCCCCUAUGUAUAACAGGGGAUAUAGGAGAUUAUCACAAAGUGAUCACUGCAUAAAGGCAUUAUCGAUAUGGAUCCUAUUGAAAUAAUUGGCAUCAUCAGAGCAUUAUAUAAACUUGCUUAUUUUAAAAGAUACAUCCUGAGAUUUGUGUUUAAAAAGUGUUUUACGCCCGGUAUUUUCCCAGAGUAGAUUUCCUUUUUAAAAACAAAACUGAAUAAUUCCCUGUUGUCUUCAAAUCAAAUCAGACUGCGGGAUAUGGGAGUCUGUCAGAAUACAGAAAAUCUGAAAUGAGGUAAGGGAAUGUUGCUAAAAUCUACAUAAAUUUCUACUUUAUAACUUUAAUUUCUUGAAGUUUGAGGAUGGUUGUUUCAAAAGAAUACUGGCAAUAUUCAGGUAAAUAAUGUUAAAAUCAUUUCCCAAAGUUUACCCACAAAGGAAUUAAGUUAAUUCCAGGCAGCACAGUGGCUCUGCUGCCUCACAGUGCCAGAAGCCUGGGUUCAAUUCUAGCCUUGGGCAACUCUGCUCACUCCACACAGGUGUUCUCCCUGUGUCUGCAUGUGUUUCCUCCCACAGUCCAAACAUGUAGAGGUUAGGUGGAUUGGUCUUGCUAAACUGCCCCUAGUUUCCAAGGAAGUGUAGCCAUGGGGAAUGGAAGCAUUACAGGGAGGGGCUGGGGCUGGGUGCGAUGCUCUUUGGAGGUUCCCUGUGGUCUCUGGGCCAAAUGGCCUGUUUCCACACUGUGGGGAUUCUAUGAUUAGAAACCUGAAUCAUUGAAAAAUAUACAAUUGGUGUCGAUCAUCUUUUGUAUUAUAAACAAUACACAAAACUUAAACAAUUAAAUCCAGUUACAUUGAAUUUCAUUGUAAUAGUUGCUUAAAUAUUUCAAUUUUUGAUAUAUUUAACAAUUAUACUCUUGACAAUGUUUGCACAUUUCAGUACCUCAGUGUUGGACAUGAUGAAUCACUUCUGUCCAUUAAAUUCAUUCUGUGCAUUUUAAGGCUUUGUGUGGGAAAUUGUGUCUCACUAACGUGAUUGGGUUUUUUUUUGUAAAGAAGUAAUAAAGAGGAUUGAUGAGAGCAGAACGGUGGACGUGAUCUAUAUGGACUUAAAUAAGGUGUUUGACAAGGUUCUUCAUAAUAGACUGGUUAGGAAAGUUAGAUCACAUGGAAUAAGGGACAUCUAGCCAUUUGGAUACAAAACUGGCUCAUAGGUAGAAGUCAGAGGGAGGUGAUGAAGGAUUGCUUUUCAGACUGGAGGCCUGUGCCCUUUGGGGGUGUGCUGCAAGGAUCAAUGCUUUUCGUCACUUAGAUAAAUGACUUGGAUGUGAACAUAGGAGUUAUGGUUAGUAAGUUUGCAGAUGACACCAAAAUUGGAUAGCGAAGAAGGUUACCUCGAUUGCAAUGGGAUCUUGAUCAGAUGGGCCAAUGGGCUGAAGAGUGGCAGAUGGAGUUUAAUUUAGAUAAAUGUGAGAUGCUGCAUUUUGGAAAGGCAAAUCAGGGCAGGACUUGUAAGGUCCUGGGGAGUGCUGCUGAACAAAGAGACCUUGGAAUGGAGAUUCAUAGUUGCUUGAAAGUGGAGUUGCAAGAAUUUAGGAUAGUGAAGAAGGUAUUUGGUGUGCUUGCCUUUAUUGGUUGGUGCAUUGAGUAAAGGAGUUGGGAUGUCAUGUUGUGGCUAUAUAGGACAUUGGUCAGGUCAUGAAGGGUUCAACAAAGAUUUACAAGGACGUUGCCAGGCUUGGAGCGUUUGAGCUAUAGAGAGAGGCUGAAUAGGCUGAUGCUAUUUUCUCUGGAGGGUCAGAGGCUAAGGGGUGACCUUAUAAAGGUUUAUAAAGUCAUUAUAGGCAUGGAUAGAGUAAAUAGAUAAUGUCUGUUCAUUGGGGUGGGGGAGUCAAAAACUAGAGGACAUAAGUUUAAGUGAGAGGGUAAAGAUUUAAAAGGGACUGAAGAGGCAACUUUUUCACAGAGGAUGGUGCAAGCGUAGAAUGAACUGCCAAAGGAAGUGGUAGAUGCUAGUACAAUUGCAGUAUUUAAAAGGCACCUGAAUGGGUACAUAAGUAGGAAGAGUUUAGAGGAAUAUGCACUAAAUGCUUGCAAAUGGGACUAGAUUAGGUUAGGAUAUCUGAUUGGCGUGGAUGAGUUGGACCGAACGACCUCCUUCCGUGCUAUACAUCUCCACAACUUUAAAAGCUGCAGCCAAGAUUUGAUUACUGCUGCGCUGUUCAUGGGGAACUGAAAAUACAACAACUUCAGGCAGUACUGGCUUUCUUCUCUUACUGUAGUACCUAUGAAAGGUUAAUACAUGUACACCAUUCUUUAUGGGUGAAUUAAGACUACAGGGAUCAUUUUCAAACAUCCCCAAACACUUUUUUUCUCUCACACACCUGUUCUCUAUUCUGGCAGCUUGCUAAAGAAAGGUUUUGACGUCAUGUUAAAAUGUACUGUAUUUCUUCACAG